CGCCCUCCCAGGCGCACUGUGCUGAUGCUGCAGGUACCAGAGACGAACCAGACGCUGCUGUGCGCACUGACUGUCUGAACAAACACUGACAAGAUGUCGUUCAUAUCGUCUCGACACUCUUCUUAUAAGAAGAUGUUUGGUGGAGAGAGAGCCGCGCCGAGGAGCUUCACCAGCCGCCAGUUCUCCAGCCCGGUGCGCUCCUCCCGGGGGUCCUACAGCCUCUCCACCGCGCCGGCCGUUUACGCAACGAAGACGCAGCGGCUCCGGAGCAGCGCGGCCAUGCCCCGGCUGGCCUCCGAGAACCUGGACUUCUCCCUGACCGACGCCAUCAACAGCGACUUCAUCGCGAACCGCACCAACGAGAAGGCGCAGAUGCAGUCGCUCAACGACCGCUUCGCCAGCUACAUCGAGAAGGUGCGCUUCUUGGAGCAGCAGAACAAGAUCCUGCUGGCGGAGCUGGAGCAGCUGCGCGGCAAAGGCACGUCCCGGGUCGCGGAUCUGUACGAGGACGAGAUGCGGGAGCUGAGGCGCCAGGUGGACCAGCUCACCAACGAGAGGGCCCGGGUGGAGGUUCACCGGGACAAUCUGGCGGACGACAUCGACAGGCUGAGAGAGAAGUUGCAGGAUGAGAUAUCCCAGCGUGAGGAGGCUGAGUCUAACAUGCAGAGCUUCAGACAGGAUGUGGACAAUGCUGCCCUCUCCAGACUGGACCUGGAGCGGAAGGUAGAGUCACUCCAAGAGGAAAUCAACUUCCUUAAAAAGCUGCAUGACGAGGAAAUGCUGGAGCUGCAGUGUCAGGUGCAGCAGCAGCAGCAUGUGCAGGUGGACAUGGACAUAGCUAAGCCUGACCUGACAGCCGCUCUGAGGGACGUGCGUCUGCAGUACGAGAGCCUGGCCUCCAAAAACAUCCAGGAGUCUGAGGAAUGGUACAAAUCCAAGUUUGCUGACCUCACUGAUGCUGCAGCCAGGAAUAAUGAUGCUUUGAGAGUCGCCAAGCAGGAGGCUAAUGACUAUAGACGCCAAGUCCAGGCCCUCACUUGUGAGGUGGAUUCCCUCAAAGGCACUAAUGAGUCCAUGGAGCGCCAGAUGAGAGAGACAGAGGAGAACUUCUCCCUGGAGAUGAACGGUUACCAGGACACAGUCAGCCGUCUGGAGGAGGACAUUCACAACAUGAAGGACGAGAUGGCCCGUCACCUCCGCGAGUAUCAGGACCUCCUAAAUGUCAAGAUGGCCCUGGACAUCGAGAUUGCCACCUACAGGAAGCUGCUGGAAGGGGAGGAGAGCAGAAUCUCCGCUCCCCUGCCGAACUUCUCAUCUCUCAACCUGAGAGGUACAGUUACUUUCUGCAUGCUGAUUUCACCGCAGGAGAAGUAUAUACCAGAUGAUUCUAUAACACACUGUUUCUCUUUUUUAGAAACCAUGAUUGAUUCCAAACCUCAUGUCGAAACUACAACAACUAAGAAGGUUCUCAUCAAGACCAUUGAGACUAGGGAUGGUCAGGUGAUCAACGAGUCGACCCAGAACCAUGACGACAUGGAGUGAUAGCAUCUCUGUCUUUGCGAAACAGCCAACAGAAGCAAUAUGAAGAAAACACAGUUCACUGUAGCUAUGAGCAAGCAAAUGACACACAAAGAGCAAACUGCUUCGAGAAGUGCCUUUACAUGUGAUGAGCCUGUUAGUCGACACAGACUGUAUUUUGCUUCCUCCUCUGCUGAAAGUCUCUUGUCACAUUUGUUCAGACACAAUAGUGAAAUCAGCACAACAUAGAAACCCUCACUGAGGUCUGCAAAAAUCUUUCUUUGUAACCAAAGUAGUAUUUUUGAUUACUAUUUAGCAUGCACUCUCCAGGAAACCUGAAUGCUGAAGAUGUCACAAUUGCCUGUAUGCAGCAAUAAACCGUUUAGAUUGAAAAUAA